UAGUUUUUUCUUUUCUUAAUAGGUUGAAUUUGUUAUCCUUGACAGCGUUUUCUUUUUCCGUGGGUCAAAAAGAAAAGCUUGUGCUUGUUACAGUGAUUCGAAAUUUCCUAAAGCUUUAUUUUUGGGGAAAUUUUUUCACUUUUGAAGUUGGGUAGGUGGGCGGAAGAGUCAUGUUGGAGGGCCGGUCCUGCGAGCCGUGUUUGUUGUUUGCAAGCUCUUGUCAACAAGGAACAGAGUGGGCUUACAUGUAUAAUGGGAAGCGUUCACCGGAAUUUGCCGAAUCUGACGGUACUCUUCGGGAGACCAAAUUGGCUAAGCUCUCAUCCGAUGAUUCUUCCAGCGAUGAUAACAGUGAUAAUGGUAAUAUUAAUACUACUUCCUCCCCAGAAGACUCACGUGACCUCCUCUUGCCUGAUUCACGUGACCAAUCCGACGAUGACAGUAAGCAAUCUGAUUUUUCUUCGGAUUUGAAUUCUUCACUUAUCCACCGUCACUCUAUUGGACUAGACAAACCCGAAGACAGCCUGUUGCGUUCUGUGGAGGACUCACCGGAGGAACAGUCUGGGGAAGAUAAUGAUGAUAAGGGUUUUUCAGAUUCUCAUGAGGUGGAGCAUGGUUGUGGGGAAAAUGGUGGGGAAUUGUUUUCAGAUUUGGAUUCCUUAAUCCAACCAAUUGGGAGAGACAUCUCCAUCAGUUGUCUGAUAAGGUGUUCAAGGUCUGAUUAUGGUUCCAUUGCCUCGUUGAACCGGAGUUUUUAUUCCUUAAUUAGGAGUUUAAUUAGGAGUGGAGAGAUUUAUACGUUGAGGAGGUUGAAUGGAGUGAUUGAGCAUUGGGUAUACUUUUCUUGUCAACUCUUUCAAUGGGAGGCAUUUGAUCCAAUUCGACACAGGUGGAUGCAUUUGCCAAGGAUGCCUCACAAUGAAUGUUUCAUUUUUUCAGAUAAGGAAUCCUUGGCUGUGGGAACUGAAUUGCUAGUUUUUGGGAAAGAAGUGACUUCUCUGGUUAUAUAUAGAUAUAGUAUUUUGACAAAUUCUUGGACUUCUGGCAUAAGUAUGAAUGCUCCAAGGUGCUUGUUUGGGUCAGCUAGUCUUGGAGAGAUUGCGAUUUUAGCUGGUGGUUGUGAUUCUCAGGGUAAUAUCCUGAGCUCUGCAGAAAUGUACAAUUCCGAGACACAGAAGUGGGAGACUCUCCCUAGCAUGAAUAAGCCGAGGAAGAUGUGUAGUGGAGUAUUUAUGGAUAGAAAAUUUUAUGUAAUUGGGGGAGUUGGAAAAGAUACUAGGGUUCUCACUUCAGGUGAGGAGUAUGAUCUACAGACUAAAAAAUGGACUGAAAUUCCUAACAUGUCACCUGGAAGGAGUGGAGCAGCUGGUGAGGCUGAGAUGCCUGCAGCAGCCGGUGCACCCCCUCUGGUUGCAGUUGUAAAUGAUGACUUGUAUUCUGCUGACUAUGCUGACAUGGAGGUAAAGAAGUAUGAUAAGGAGAGAAACUCAUGGUUGACUAUUGGAAGAUUGCCUGAAAGGGCUGUCUCAAUGAAUGGUUGGGGUCUUGCAUUCAGAGCAUGUGGAGAUCGCCUUAUUGUGAUCGGUGGACCUGGGACUUCAGGGGAAGGUUUUAUAGAAGUGAAUGCAUGGGUUCCAAGUCAAGGGUCGCCUCAAUGGAACUUGCUUGCGAGAAAGCAAUCGGGUGGCUUUGUUUAUAAUUGUGCUGUCAUGGGAUGCUAGUUGAUGGAUUUUGGCGACAUCAUGUGCUGUGAAAUGGUGCGACAUUGCCACUGAGGUUUACAUUAUUGGUUUCUCCUCCUAUUCAGAAUUCUGAAUUACUGUUAAUGUUAAUUUUCCCCAUCUUUCCUUUUUUAUAUAUUUUCCCUUGGAUGGGAGAUAAUGGGGAAGAACUUCAGAUUUUACUCAAGAUUCGAUAGAAUGAUUUACUGAUACCCCAUCUUGAGCUUUUGUUUCUUUUUACAACUUCAUUCAAAAUUUCUUCCAUUAAAUACGCGUCUUCCCCUGUUUUAAGUAACAUGAGAACUUGAAAGGUUGGUGUCAUAUAGCACAGGAGUAGGUUUAAUAAAUUGAAGUACCAACAUAUCGGUAGGUCGCUAUCAGAGAUUGUUGAAGCUUUUUUAAGAACACAGAACUAGACAUACGGGUUUUCUUCAUCCUUAAUUUUCUUGGAAUGAUCUUUAAGGGAGACAAUAAGUUCUGGGGGUUGUAAUCUUGGAUGUUGGCUGAUGUACUGAUUACAUUGAUCAUUACAAUUGAUGGGCUAUAUAUUCCCAGAAUUUUUUUUAUGUACACUUUGGAAUCUUUUGUUGGUUUUAAAUUUCUUUUGUUCA